GAGACGAACCUGCUUACUACUGCCUCGCCUCGGCCAGGCCACAGGCCAGCUCGGCGGCUGGAGGACCGCCUCGCCCCGCCUCGCGCCGCUCAGGGUCACAGCUAUUCCGUAAACAAGUGCGGGCCCCCGCCCGGCUUGGGUCGUCGGGAUGCACGCCGGCCACCGUCGUCGCUCGUCCUCCCGCUUCCUCGACGACGACAGCAGCAACGACUCGGUGCCGCUGCUGGACGAAGUCAUCACGGCCCUGGAGAGCUACGACAUUGUCGCCGGCGGUGAUGGCGCGCCGCCGCGGCCCCCCGGGGUGGCCACUCGCACGACCCCCGGCGGGCUGCAGCUGGGCCCGCCGUUGGGCCCCCUGCGCCCCUCGUCGCAGAUCUCCUGGGCGGACGGCGUGAGCGAGGACGACGACUACUUCGCCAGCCUGGCGGCCCGGCGGGGCGGCGCCGCGCGCGGCAGCAGCUCCACCGUGUCGGCCUCCACCGCCUCGGUGGCCGGCAGCACGGCGGGCGCCCCGGGCUCGCCGCCGCCGGCCUACUCCGCUGGGCCCGCGCUCGCCUUGGUCCGGCAGCCCUCCUCGGCCUCGGAGUCUUCGGAGGAGGCCGCGUCGGCGCCGCUGCUCGGCGCGCAGCCCGUCCGCCCGACCGUCGUGGUCACGUGCCCGUCGCCGUCGGGGCCGUCCUGGGUGGCCGUGGACGUCCCCGGCACCUCGGACACCCCCGGACAGGACGAGCAGCCGCGGCGCCGCCUGCACCGCCGCAACUCCAUCAGCAUGCCGAGCCUCCCCACCGGGCUGGAGAUGGAGCACGCCGCCGCCGAGUACGACGCCAGGGACACAUCCUAGUCAACGAGUUCUGGCAGGCCAACGUGGGCGACAUGGCCAUGGACGAGUCCCGCUUCCCCACCAUGGAAGAGACCAUCAAGAUCGUACAUCGGCGCGGCUUCCGCAUCGCCUUCACGCUGCAGCCCUUCAUCGGGACCGAGUCCAUCAACUUCCGCGAGGCGGUGCGCCGCAAGCUGCUGGUCGGCACCCGGGGCGGUGGCCCUGGACGGGAGUACACCCCGGCGCUGAGCCGCUACCGCAGCCUGCUGAGCGCGGGCGCCCUGGACGUGACGAACAAGCGGUCCGUGCCCUGGUUCAAGGAGAUGCUGGAGGACCUGCUGCAGCGCUACAAGAUGGACUGCUUCUUUCUCGACCUGGGCGUCGCCUACGACCUGCCGUACCACUACAAGUUCCAAGGCCCACUCACCAACCCAGACCACUUCAUGACCGCCUUUACCGAACUCGUGCAGUCGUCCGUGACUGUGCUCGGCGUGUCGUCAGCCAUCGCUCGCCCCCGCGUCCCCACGUUCGUGACGCUGCCCGCCGUGCCGUCCACGUGGAAGGGGCUGCAGUCCGUCAUCCCCACCAUCCUCACGUACGGCAUCAUCGGCUACCCCUUCAUCAUGCCCGGUGCCGUGGGCGGCGAUUACGACGAGGAGCCAUCAAGUGACAUCGGCUCGACCGCGGGGCCGCUCGCGUCUGUGCUCACCGGGCGCAACGCCACGACGACGACCACGCCGCCCGCCGCCGCGUUCGCGGACAUGGCCGGCCCCGCUGACGACGCCGACGUCCUGGAGGAGGCGAUGGAAGGGGACGGCACCUCGGGCGAGAGCCUGGGCACGGGCAACGGCCUGGGCGCGGGGCUGGGCGCCGGCCUGGGCCAGGGGCCGGGUGUGGGCGCUGGCGCGGCGCUGGGGCUGGGCGUCGGGCCCUCGUCGGGGGAGGAGGAGCUGCAGGAGGUCGUGCGCCUCGCCGACACCGAGCUGUACGUGCGCUGGAUGCAGCUCGCCUCCUUCCUACCCGUUGUGCGCUACACGACGCUGCCCAACAAGUACGGCUCCGAGCUCAUCCUGGAAAGCGCUCGCACUCUCACCAGCCUGCGCCAGAAAAUAGUGAACCCGCUCCUCAAAAAGUACGCCCGCGAGGCACUCGACUCGGGCCUGCCGCUGGUCCGGCCGCUGUGGAUGCUGGACCCGCUGGACCCCGCCUGUCGCCUUCUCUCUGACGAGUUCUCCAUCGGCGAGGAGCUCAUCGUCGCACCGGUGCUGCAGCCGGGCUCCACGGAGCGUGACGUCUACUUGCCCACAGGAGUAUGGAAGGACGGCAUUGACGGCAGCCUAAGGAAGGGCAGCCGCUGGAUUCACAUGUACAAGGUUCCAUUGGAUAAAAUUGCAUAUUUUGUGAAAAUGCCAGAUAACACAAGGUUUUAGACUUCACUGAAUGCCAUGAACAACUAAGUAAUUUGUACUAAGUAAUGUCUGGUAGAUUUAGAAAAACCUCAGAACCAAACUACUACUACUUUUUCUUUUUAAAAGUAAAUGAGAGUAUCAUCAAUUUUUAACUGAGUUGCUGUAGAGUGUUAAGUUUUAGUUAAGUAAUUGUAAUGAUUGUAAAAAAAGAAUACCGUGGUGUAUUAAUUCCAGAUCUUUUUUCUUAGUGCAAGGGUAUUAUAGGUAAAGCAUAAGCCUGUUAGAAAUUUGAAGUAGCCAAGAGCUAUUUUAGUUGAUUAUGUCGUUUUAGGGGGAAUUUGCCCCCUAAAACGACAUAAUCCACUUCAGUACCUCCUUGCUCCUUGAAAUUUUUACCAGGGAAAUGUACAUUGUAGUAUAUUAUCUGUUCACAAGGAUAAUUGAAUUGUGCAAGACAAACUGAUUUUAUAUGAAGCUGUGAUUAUAUUCACUAUAUGAGGUAAGAGCACUGUGCAGUGAUAAUAAAAUAGUGUCACAUGAACUGUGCGAUGUGUUCACUGAUGACUGAGCUAUAUCGUAUCACAGUGCUAUAAACUAAUUUAUUUAAAAAUCAUGGGUCUCAUAUCUCGGGCAUCAUGCAUUGUGUAUUAUAAUGUAAAGUUGCUCCAUUACUCUUAAGACACGUAAGUUUAUUGUGAAAAAAACUAUUUCCAUACUUAAAAUUAGUAUACCUCUCAGCUAGCAGAGGAAACAAAUUCCACACCUGUAUGUUAAUUUGUUCAGAGUAUUUUUAUUGUGAUAGAUAUGUGAUCGUGAUAAUAAAUAGGUAUCAAAAUCAAAAAAACAAAGAAAUCAUGAAUAUCAACCAGUCCUUUCCACAUUACAAAUGCAUGCAACUUGUUUGGUACCCAAAAUAAAAUAUUUCUGCAAAUUUUUUUGAUGUUUUGAGUUUUAGAUCGUAUAGACACAACUUUUUUUUUCUCAGAAAGUGUAUACACGUCCCAGUUAUAGAGGUGUAUAGUGACCAGGGUUGGCUUUCUCUGUCUCUCUUUUCCCAUAAGAAGGCCGGUGGUACGAGAGAGAGAGAGAUCAACCCCACCAAUAGUGACUAUGCAAGGACUAUGGCUAAUGGCUAGGAGGGAAUUCCCGGAAGUCGGACCCGCAUUGCUCGAUCCAAACACUCCCCUCUGCCGGCCGAUGGAUGCAGGCAGAUCGAUGGAUAGAUGGAUGGAUGGCCAUGACCUAACCCUAGAUAUGUGUGUGUACUAAUGCUGGUCAGUAGCAUUUUAGUUUUGUCAUAUGUGGCGUGGAUGUCUAAGGAAUUAUAUUUGUUCCUCUUAAGUAAUCUAAAUAUUUGAACUCAUUCUUCGAAUGUCUUGUGUGACAUGACCUGCAAGGUCAAUAGUGAGGUUAUAUCUUUGUGCUAG